UUGAAGAUGUAUGUAACAUAGAACAUAUUACACACUUCUAUUCUCUCUCUUCUUCUACUUUGCUACUGUAUUUGUGAAGUACUUUCUCAUGGAUCUUAUUCCGGGUCUUCCAAACGAUGUGGCGCUCGAUUGUCUGAUUCGGGUUCCUUUUAACCAAUUUCCUAUUGCCGCGUCAGUCUGCAGAGGGUGGAAGGUUGAGAUUGAAAUGCCGGAGUUCCGACAGCUCCGGAAGGCAGUUGGCCUGAGCAGAUCCAUCUCCGUAAUGGCGCAGGCUCGGGUCGAUCCGACACGGAAUCACCGAGGAGGGCUCAAGGUCUCGGCUACGCCCGUUUACCGCCUCACAGUAUGUGACCCGGAGACCAGCAUUUGGUGGGAGCUACCACCUGUGCCGGGACUCUCUGAUGGGUUGCCAGUGUUUUGUCAGCUCGUUGGGGUCGGUUCGGAACUGGUGGUGAUGGGUGGGUGUAGCCCGGUAACUUGGGAGGCUUCAAAUUCGGUGUUUAUUUACAAUUUUGUCUUGGCCAAGUGGCGGCGUGGAGCUGAUAUGCCAGGUGGCAGAAGGUUGUUUUUUGCUUGUGCGUCCGAUUCUGAUCGGACGGUGUUCGUUGCGGGUGGUCAUGACGAUGACAAAAAUGCUUUGAGAUCUGCGAUGGCGUAUGCCGUGGUAGAGGACAAGUGGGUCCCAAUGCCUGACAUGGCAAGGGAGCGGGACGAGUGCAAGGGCUUAUUCCACGAUGGCAAGUUCCACGUCAUCGGCGGAUUUUGUACCGAGAUGCAAGGGCGAUUCGAGAGUAGUGCCGAAGCGUUUGAUAUCGCCACGUGGCAGUGGGGCGAGGUACAGGAAGACUUCUUUGAUGCUGCCACGUGUCCGAGGACCUGCGUGGAUGGUGGUGAUGGAAGGAUCAUCAUGUGCCGUGAAGGUAACGUAAUGGCUAUUAAAGAUGGCAAUUGGCAAGUCAUCGCUGGACUGCCUGCUGAGGUGUCAAAUGCAGCAUAUGUGUCCACAUGGCAAGGCAAGUUGUUAGCGAUUGGUUGUGCAAAUUUUGGUGAGCCCCACAUAGCUUAUGUGAUGGACCUCAAGGAUCAGACGUGGACAAAAGUAGAAAUAUCGGAGGAAUUCACCGGCCAUGUUCAGUCGGGUUGUUUUAUAGAGAUUUAGUAAUCAAAGUGGAUGUACAUACUUGACAUGUGUCAAAUUGGUGUGAUAAGAUUAACAUGUUCGAGAAAUAAUAUAUUAGGAUUUUCUUCAAUUAUUUAGAAUUGGGAUACAAAAUUUGAGAGUCGAAACUAAGUCGUGUAAACUUAAAUUUAAAUUUACGUGAGUAAAGAAUUAAACCGUGUAAACUUCUUUGGAACUACUUACAUUAUUCUUUUUCUUAUAAUGAUAAAAAAAAAAAAAAAAAAGAAGUUAAAAAUUGAAAAUUCCGACUGAGAAAGCAACAAUAGACAAGUGUCACUAAUUCACUAAUUAGCGGGGCAUAUCAAACAAAUAUUUUUUUUAUUUUUAUUUUUUUACAAAAUGUAUAAUCAUGUUACAUGCACAUGUAGAUGUCCAUAAUAUCUCUAACAUUUAAAAAAAUUAAAU